CUUAAUGAAGUAACAAGCUACAGAAGAAUCCUAACUCCUAGAUAAAAAUGGCUUUCCAUGUGGAAGGACUGAUAGCUAUCAUUGUGUUCUACCUCCUAAUAUUGCUGGUUGGAAUAUGGGCUGCCUGGAGAACCAAAAAUAGUGGUAGUGCAGAAGAACGAAGUGAAGCCAUCAUCGUUGGUGGUCGAGACAUUGGUUUGCUGGUGGGUGGAUUUACCAUGACAGCCACCUGGGUUGGAGGAGGUUAUAUCAACGGGACUGCUGAAGCAGUGUAUGUACCAGAUUAUGGGCUCGCUUGGGCUCAAGCACCAAUCGGAUACUCUCUAAGUUUGAUUUUAGGUGGUCUAUUCUUUGCUAAGCCUAUGCGUUCCAAAGGAUAUGUGACAAUGUUAGACCCGUUUCAGCAAAUCUAUGGAAAACGCAUGGGUGGACUGCUAUUCAUCCCGGCCCUAAUGGGAGAAAUGUUCUGGGCUGCAGCGAUUUUCUCUGCCUUAGGAGCUACCAUCAGCGUGAUCAUUGACGUGGAUGUGCAUGCUUCUGUGAUUGUCUCUGCCCUCAUUGCCAUCCUGUACACUCUGGUGGGAGGAGUCUACUCUGUGGCUUAUACAGAUGUUGUUCAGCUCUUUUGCAUUUUUAUUGGACUGUGGAUUAGUGUACCAUUUGCACUUUCACAUAAUGCAGUUACCGACAUUGGGUUCACUGCUGUCCAUGCCAAAUACCAAGAGCCUUGGCUGGGAACCAUUGAAUCAUUUGAAGUCUACUCAUGGCUGGAUAGUUUUCUGUUGCUGAUACUUGGAGGAAUCCCAUGGCAAGCCUAUUUCCAGAGGGUUCUGUCUUCAUCCUCAGCCACAUAUGCUCAAGUGCUUUCCUUCUUGGCAGCUUUUGGGUGCCUUGUGAUGGCUAUACCAGCCAUACUUAUCGGAGCCAUUGGAGCAUCAACAGACUGGAACAAGACUACAUAUGGGUUUCCAGAUCCCAUAGCUAAGGAAGAAGCAGACAUGAUUUUACCAAUUGUUCUACAGUAUCUCUGCCCUGUGUACAUUUCUUUCUUUGGUCUUGGGGCAGUUUCUGCUGCUGUUAUGUCAUCAGCAGAUUCUUCUAUCUUGUCAGCAAGUUCAAUGUUUGCUCGAAACAUCUACCAGCUUUCAUUCAGACAAAAUGCAUCAGACAAAGAAAUUGUUUGGGUCAUGAGAAUCACUGUGCUUGUGUUUGGAGCUUCUGCAACUGCUAUGGCCUUGCUAACGAAGACUGUGUAUGGACUCUGGUACCUCAGUUCAGAUCUUGUUUACAUCAUCAUCUUCCCACAACUACUCUGUGUGCUCUUCGUCAAGGGAACCAACACCUACGGGGCCGUGGCAGGUUAUGUUUCUGGCCUUUUCUUGAGAAUAACUGGAGGAGAGCCAUAUCUACACCUUCAGCCUUUGAUCUUUUACCCUGGUUAUUACACUGAUAAGUAUGGUAUAUAUAAUCAGCGUUUCCCAUUUAAAACAAUUGCAAUGGUCAGUUCAUUCUUAGCCAAUAUAUGCAUUUCAUAUCUAGCCAAAUACUUAUUUGAAAGUGGAACCUUGCCACCAAAAUUAGAUGUGUUUGAUGCUGUUGUUGCAAGACACAGUGAAGAAAACAUGGAUAAGACAAUUCUGGUCAAAAAUGAGAAUAUUAAAUUAGAUGAACUUGCACCUGUGAAGCCUCGACAGAGCUUAACUCUCAGCUCAACUUUCACCAAUAAAGACGCCCUCCUUGACAAUGAUUCCAGUCCAGAAGGGUCGGGGACUGAAGACAAUUUGCAAUGACACUAAAUAAAAUACUGCUUUCUCAGACAAAGUGCUAUACUAAGGUAGUCCUGGAAAGAUGGUUUUCAGCAUUUAAGUAUAUAUUAAUAUGUAUAUAUGCAAGGUU